AUGUCGAAAGAAAAGGAAAUCGCGGAAGAGUACGCGUCAAGUCUGGCAGAUUUGACCGUGAACAGCAAGCCCUUGAUAAAUAUGCUAACCAUCCUUGCAGAAGAGAACGUCGAUCAUGCGGGGGUUAUCGUUGACACGGUGGAGAAGCAUCUGGAGAAGGUUCAAGCAGACAUCAAGCUGCCAGUUCUGUAUUUAGUUGAUUCAAUUAUCAAGAAUGUUGGAGGUGCAUACACUCAGAAGUUCUCACAGACUAUCGUCAACAUGUUCACAAAAACCUUUAAGCAGGUGGAUGAGAAGGUGAGAUCGCAAAUGUUUAAACUUCGGGAGACAUGGCACGAAGUGUUCCCGUCAACGAAGUUAUAUCAACUUGACGUGAAAGUGAACCUCAUAGACCCCGCAUGGCCCAUCCAAGCGCAGCCUCACCAGUCUAACAUCCAUGUAAAUCCCAAUUUUCUGAAAAAGAGUUCGCCAGCACCGAGUUCUUCCGCGCUUUCUGAAGAGGAAGAACGCAUGCGCAACAUACUAGCUAAGAAAGAACAAGAGCUGCUUAUGCUGCAACGAAAAAAGGUUGAGAUGGAGUUGGAGCAAACUCGACGGCAGCUACAACUUGCUGAAAAAUCAACUAUAAAGAUUGGGGCAUCGCCAAGUGUUCCGAUGCCCGUCGCUAUGGUGAACCCUGUUGUAGCACCGCAAGUCCUGCCUGCAAUGCCAAUUACUCCAGAUUUGGCACCACCUGUUUCCGUCAAACAGCGAUUGGGGCCUCCGGUGAAUAAAGCUGGAGGAGGUCGUAUUGCGCCCGUUAGUGGAGCUCUAGCUGCUGCGCGUCGCGACCCACGUUUAGCCAGACGCGCUGCACCGCAGAUAGCUCCUACGCCUAUAAUACCUUCAAUGCCCGUGAAACCGUCUAUCCAGCCACCUAUUGCUGCCAACGUUUUUGAUAUUAAACCACUCGAUCGAGUGACAAAAAGAAAGAAUGUCAUCACUAUAGACGUCCCUAAUGAAAUACGUACCGAACCUCGACGUCGGGAUCCACGUUUAGAAAGAAGAGAGAGACAUCGUCCCAAACCAGACAGGCGCGAUAAAGAAAAAGAAUCAAAACCAAUUGAAACUUCUUUGAUUGACCGUUUACCUGACCCGAAAAAAAUAAGCAAGUUGCCUCCGAUACCUAAAAUCAAUAGAGGCGAACUUAAAGAGGAUACUGUCGCUAAACGAAAAAAAGACACCCCCCGCGAACGAAAGAAAAGAAAAGAAAGUCGCGAUAGCUCAAAAGACUCGAGUUCUAGCUCUCCCGAUAAAAGAUUAAAGGGAAAAGAAAAAAAAAUAAAGCUAAAAGAUCGUAUGGAAGCUGAAGAGAAACCGUCGGAUCCCGAGGUCAUAGCAUUUAAGGAGCUAAAGAAUUAUCAUAAGGAACGCUACAUGCGAAGAAACAAGGAGAAAUCUGAAAGCCCCGAACGAGCAGAGGAUAAACAUGUUGAUAAAAGUGUGCCCCAGAUCCCCGAACAUGUUCUAGAAGAAACUACAAAUGUACCCGAGGUUGUUACUGAGACUAAGGAUGUAGACUUGCGCGUUUUGCCUUCAGCUAUCGCCGACGCAGCUCCAAUAGCACAAAAACGUCCUUCCACUGAAUUGCUUGAAGGCAAAGUUAAGAAAAAUAAGCUUGAUAGGUUUGAUGUUCUAUUUGGUAACGAAGACGUGGACUUACGACAAUUACCUCAAGUAGAGGAAACUAAUGGUCCCAAAAAGGCGCCCAUUCCUGAGAAAUCAGAGAAAACAAAUCGCAACAACGAAGAUGAUAGCGAUUUUAUAGAAGCUUCGCCUUUGGGAUCCCCGAAAAGGGACUGGAAUGAAGUAAAGGAAAAGAAAGCAGUUAAAACUCCUUCCAAAUUAGAUCUCGUCAGAGCUAAAUUGGCUGAGGCGACCCGGAGCAAGGAUCGUCUUGGAAGACCACUUCUCUUCAGCAAGUCUCCUAGCAUUGAGAAGGAGCGGCGUCGUACCAUAAGUACAGAAGAAAUUGAGUCGCGGGCUGAGAGUGGAGACGAUUUCGACGCGGAAGAUCACAAAAAGACAAUUUCCAUUAUAAUGAGUCAGGCUAAAGAACAGUUUAACGAUGGCAAACUUGAUAAGAAUCAAUACAAUACUCUCAUGUACCAAGUGUUGCAACUUAACGAAAAAUUAAAGCUAAAAGAAGCAAAACAAAAAGAAUCUUUAGAAAUAUCUAAACGGAAACUACAUGCUGCAAAUAUCCAAGACGAUGAUAAAAUCGUCUCCCCAAAAUCAUCUCCGUCAGACAAAAACCGAUAUGGAGAUAUUGAUGAAAGAAUACAAGCUCCUUUUGCUGAUUUGAGCUCUGAAAAUAAUAUCAAUCAUGAGGAUUCUGAUAUGAGAAUUAACCACUCUGACGAAGAAGGAGAAAGAAAAGUAUUACUUCCUAUGCCACCAAUGAUGCCCAUGUAUGGCCCAAACAUGGGUCCAUUCCCUUGGCGAGGUCAACCUAGAGGCAGGAUGGAGGAGUACGGACCGAGAAGAUUUAGGGGACCCGUACCUCCCUAUUACAGAGGUAAAUUCGAUAAACGGGGACCGCGGCCGCCAUUUGAUCCUCGAAUGCAAAUGCCUUUACCGGCCCCGAAAUUCGGUAUAUGUCAAGGUGAAAGUCCCUUACAGCCGUACAGCAGAACGUCGUCUCCGCCCCUAUUGGGCUUGCCUGGCUAUGAAGUGCCACCCACCGAUUAUAGGGUUAUCGAAUAUAUAGAUCGGGACCCUGUCAAAACUAUACAAAUUGAUGGUAUUUCCCGAGAAAUCCGAUUUUACGGUGAAACAGCGGUGAUAAUGAUGGAUUGGGAUGAUCCUCGCGAGAUUAAAUUUCUACCGGGCUGUAGAAGAGUCACUUUCGACAAUAAAGAUUCAGUCGUGUUAUCUUUUAACGAAGGAUAUAAACAAGUUGAAAUUGACGACCAAGUGUUUAAUAUCAGAUUCGGCGCUCCCACCAGGGAGUUAUAUAUAAAUGGACGCUGGUACGAAUGUUACUUUGGAGGGCAGCCAUUGGGCCUCAUUAUAGAUGGUAAACCACACUUGGUACAUUUGGAAGGGCCUCUUCCGCAAGUCGAUAUCGGAAAAGAAAAAAGGACUGAUCUGGUGGCCGGCAAAAUUAACCUUAUUGUUAAUGCCACAUCUGUAUGUCCCGUUUAUUUAGAUGCGAAAGUGCAAAAGUUCCAUGUGAACGGUAAAUUCUUUUCUAUACGAUUCGUAGAUUCACUGCGCACAGUUCUUAUUAACGAGCAACCAUUCGAAGUGGAGUUUGGCGACCUACCUAAGCCGAUAUUGAUCAAUGGCGAGAAGUAUUUUAUAAGAUUUUCUGCUUUGCCCAAAUUUGUUAAGCCUGGGCAAGUGGAGAUCGCAAACAUGGAAGGUUCCAAAUCUUUGACUUUUCCACCCACGCUUGACAACAAUGUUUCUUGUGUGGAAACUGACUCAACAUCAAUUGAAAGACCACAAAAAUCGCCCAGUCCAGAUAACGAGAACAAAGGUUUAGAUAUGCUCGCAAGUCUAAUGCCGACUAGCAUGGCUCCCGCAGCCAGCUCGGAAUAUAGUUCGGCUGAACCCCUCUUCGUGAAGCCCGACAAAAUUCCUGGACUGGAAACUCCUGCUGAAGAGAAGCCAAACCCUCUACCGGUGUUAGGAAAUCUUAAUGUGAACGACCUGUUUGCGAAGCUGGUUGCCACUGGAAUUGUGUCUGUUUUUAACGAACAAAAACCAAAGAUCAAAGAAAAGCCUGAAGAAAUUAAACCAAAAUCGAAAGAAGAUAAGAACGUAAUUACCAGAGUUGAUCUCUUAAGGCCUGAGACAUUGAGGGUUAAACAACCAGGCAUUGUCGCAAAGCUAUACGGUGGAAUGCAGUGCAGUGGUUGUGGUGCCCGCUUCCCGCCUGAGCACACAGUACGCUAUUCCCAGCAUCUCGACUGGCACUUCAGGCAGAACCGCCGUGAGAGGGACUCCGCAAGGAGGGCGCACAGCAGGCACUGGCAUUAUGACCUCUCUGACUGGGUGCAGUACGAAGAAAUUGAAGACUUGGAGGAAAGAGAAAAGAAUUGGUUUGAAACUGGUGGCGCUGAAGAGGGCGAGACUCCAAUGGAAGUAGUUGAAGAGACCCCGAGUGUGGCGGCAGGACCUCCAGCGGAUCAUACGUGCGCACUCUGUGGAGACAAAUUUGAUCAAUUUUAUAACGAGGACAAGGAGGAGUGGCAUCUGAGGAAUUCUGUUCGACAUGAGGAUAAGAACUAUCAUCCGAUUUGCUUCGAAGACUUUAAGGCAUCGUUAACAAAGGAAGAGGUUAAAGAUGAAUCAAUUAUGGAGAUGCCAGCAGAAACAAAGGAGCCAGAGCCGAUUGAGAUCGCGGACGCUGAAGACGGCGACACGUCGGACAAUGAGUCGGUUGUAGAAGUUGUUGAACCGGUGAAGGAAGAGGAAGCAGUUGAGAUUAAUGAACUGGAUGAUGAUGGUGACGAAGAUGACGUUCUACUAAAGGUAGAACCUGUGGAGCAGGUAGUGGUAGAAGAUGACGCGGAUACAGACGACGAGACUCAAGCGGAACGCACAAAGCGUGACGAAUUGGCCGCUAUUGAUUUCGCAAAUAUUAAAAUCAAACAAGAACCAAUUGAUCCAGACGAUGAACCGAUAAUAGCAGAAGUUGAGACUGUAGCGCCAGCAGUCACCAUCGAGACCACCCACACAACUGUCACAUCGUCUAUUGAUGGAAAUGUCCAACUCGAUGAUGCUACUACUGCCCCAAGUCUGCCGUUUGGGGGCAUUAGGAUCAAUAUUAAUAAGACGGUGUCAUCAUUUAUUAGCUCAAGUGAUGAAAAAGUGCUUGAAGAUAUCAGUGCCGAUGAUGAACCAUUGCCACCUGGUGAGGAACCUGAAUUAGAAUAUAAAUUAAAACCACAACUUGAGUGCAUUCAGUUCAGUCGACAACCACCUGUUCAGAGAGGCAAUGAGCUGUCUGGUUUGUGUUCUAUUAUGUGA